AUGUCGUUCAAAAUCAAUUGGAACUGUAUAGAAAAGGACUCUUUCAUUCAGUAUGCCAAGGAUACGUUGAAUGAAGCGAUGAAUUCGGGGAAAAAACCCAAUAUCCUCAGCGACACCAUAAAGAUAGUGGAUUUAAACUUUGGAUCUAUACCACCUGACUUUGAGAUCCUAGAAAUUGGUGAUUUAGGGUCUGAUCGAUUUAGAGGAAUCUUUAAGUUCAACUAUUUUGGUGAUGCAUCUAUCACGUUGACCACGAAGGUCAGUGCCAGCCUACUUAAGAACUACAACGACAACAUAACAGACGACUUGGUAGACAGCAGUGAUACGGCGUAUGAGACAAGCUGCCGGGAGCUUGCCGGCUUCAUCAAGCCAAAUUUCAUUGUUUCGGACUGCGAUUUUGACAUUCCUCUUCACCUUACGUUGAGUUCUAUCAAAAUGAGUUCCAUCAUCGUUGUUGUUUUCAGCGUUUCCAAAGGAUUGACACUAGUGUUUAAGAACGAGCCCUUGGAGUCCAUCGAGGUGAACUCAACCUUUGACAAGAUUAAACCUAUAGCGAGGUUUUUGCAGGAGAAAAUCGAGACGCAGAUAGGAGAGUUAUUCAAGGAGUUUUUACCAAGUAUGCUAUACAAAAUCAGCUUGGAGUAUACUUCGCAGUCGUUCGAGCAGUUUCAUAGGUCGAUGGUUGAUGAUCAGGAAGUUGAGGAACCUCGUGUGAUGUUGAAGGAUAUUGAUCCGGAUGCUCUGAUGGGAAUAUCUCCUGGAAGUUUGAUGAGAUUAACUAGAUUAGCCAGUUCAAGACAGACACUGGCACUUGGAGGCGAGCUAUCGUGCGAUAGGAUGAAUAGCAACAUCGUAACAAAGGCCUUUGCCAACGCCAUAAUCGCAUCAUCGAACACUUUUGCUUUUAGUAGGCUUCAUAUGUCUGAUUCGGAUUUCAUUAGAGGUGAAAUGGGCGAGAAAGUAUCGGUUAUCAAGGAAUUUCAAAAGAAGACUUUUUUCAAAAGCACCCACGAUGAAGUCCGGCCUCGCAGAAGAGUUAUUAAGCUACACAGGAAGAAGAAGGUCGAGCCGGAGUUGGUGAAUGUUUCCGAGGCUGCCGAGACUGCAGAGGUUCCCCAGGUUCCCCAGGUUCCCCAGAUUCCUCAGGUUCCUCAGGUUCCUCUGGUUCCACAGGAACCCUUGGAGGAGGACGACGAUACCACAGUGAUGGAAAGCGAUUCGAGUGUGGAAAAGAAACAGAGAAGCAUGUCGUGCAUCUAUUCUGGUGGCUCAUCUGUCACUUCAGAUGCUACAUUAAAUGAGAAUCAACCGGAGAUCAUUGCCAUACCGAUGUUGCGUAGAACGAGUAGAAGUGGCGAUUCGCCGACGGUGGACUCACACAAUGGCUCGACGACGUAUCAGAUCGAUGAACGACACGAUCAUCCCACCCCAGAACAAUUACAACAGCUUCAACAACAACUACAGGAGCAGUGGAUUACACUUCCAGCGAAAUUGGUUCAAGAUAUACAGGCUAAAUCCAAAAAUUUGUUCCACAUUGGCAAGGACGAGCAGCAAAAGAUUCGCAAGAGGAUCGUCAAAUUGGAUCAGCUUCUCAGCAAGAAGAACGCUGUCAAACAUGACAAUUCGGAGAGGGUUCCUACGAUUUAUGGAUAUUCCGCUGGGAAUCGACGCAAAAGUGGGUCGAAUGGCUUAAAUGGAUUGAAUAGAUUUGACACCCCACCACCUCCUUAUACGUGUUUUUAA